GUGGAGGAUCGCCAGGUGACCCUACGAAUCAAGCGUCGACCGUUGGGCCCUUCGAUCGGGCCGCGUCGCUGUGGAGCAUUGCUUUGCUGCAUCCCGGAGAAAGGAUAGGCAAGAGCUUCGUUCAUAGUAGAUGAGAGACCCAAUGAUUCGCUGUGAGAAGCACGACGGCGAGACAUAUUGGGUUUGUUUACAUGAACAUGCAGCUGGAGGGGUAGUACAAGGGGGGGGAAGGAAAGAGAGUCAGGACAGAUGCAUCUGCUGAAGUACCAGAAGCUCUUGUUUGCUUAGGUGACUGACUGCUCAGGACCAGUCCAGUCACAGUCCAAGCUGAGGUUUCGGAUUAGGCAGGAUUCCCAGCCAACGUAAUGGGGCCAGCCAGGGAAAGCACCCCGAAGGGGGACAAAUAGAAUAGUAGAGAGUAUCGGAGCAGGAAGGGAGGGGGUUGACUUGUGUAGUUUGAGGCCGGAGACAGGCCGUCUUGUCUGGCACGACUCGCCCGAAUCGGUGAUCAAAGAGGCACGUAGAUGUGAUGGUGGUGAUGGUGAUGAUGAUGAUGGAGAUAGAAGCAAUAGUAAGGUAUCGGGGUUGGAGACUCUGAGCUGCUAAUUUCCUGAAGCAGGAAACAAACAAUCACCACCCAAGAAGAGAAGGAGGGGGUCAGAUGGAGGGGGGAGUAGCUGAAGAGUGGAGGGAGGCCUUUAGAUGUCUCCUUCCGAUUGGGAUGAUAUUAUUCCCAAGAAUUGGUGCCUCUCUCACUCUCUCCUCUUCUCUUUCCUUGCUCUCUUCUCUCUUUGUUUCGAUUCUCUUCUUCUUUUCUCUCCUAAAGUCCUAGCUGGACGUGUGUCGUCCUCGCCCUGCCACCUGAGAUUUCCUUCAGUCAAAGUCGACGGUUGCCCCAAAUCCGUUCCACCAAGUGGCCUCUCGUUCUUUCCUUUUUGAGCAGGUUUCUACUUCCCACCCAGUCUUGUUCUGUUGGUUUGACUGGUUUGUUUCACGCUAUAUUAUUUCCUUUUUUUCCCCUCUUCUGAUUUUUUUUUUUUUUUUUUUUUUU